GGAAGUGGGGAUGAGACCGUGAAGCGGGGGAAAUGUUUACGCUGCUCACGAGUGACACGCAGGGCUGCACGUGGUGACCGGACGGGGUUCCGUUGUUAAGUCCGUUUCUCUUUUUUUGAUCCUCCGCGCUGUGUCUCCAUGCGUAGCGGCAGGUCCGGGCUCUCCACGAUGGACGCGCUCCUGCUUCUCUACGACGGCGUCUCGGACUCGGAGUCGGACGGAGACCCGGCUCACUGCGUCCGCUGUGUUCUCUCCAGAGCCUUCGUUCAAGACAGGGACCUGUACCGGUCCGGAGGCUGGAGGUCUGUCUGCGGAAGAAGAGACGGGCUGGAACUGGAGGAGACCGUGGUCGACGUACAAGAGGACUGGGACGAGGAGACUGCGGUCAGCACCCGAGAGGACUGGGACGAGGAGACGGCCCUCAUGGCCAGCCUGGGGCUGCCUGUGGAGUUUGGGAGCUCAUCUUCACGGAGGCUGGUGGUGAAAACUGACAGCCAUGUCAAACGGGCGAAGCCGAAGAAUGCUUGUUCCCAGGCGACAAGACCCGAGAGUGAGGAGGAAAUUGAGAACUGUGCUUUUGAUGUGUUUGGGACUGAAUGGAAUGAGCUAUGUGAAGGGGGUGGGGUUGAACAGAAGAACCUGUCUGAGGGUGGUGGGACUGAGCAGAACCAAAUCUCUGUGGGGGUUUGUGAGCGAGGAACCUGUAGUCUUCAGGACGUAGGAGGUGAGGAGAGCCCGGAGACUAAUGCAAGCUGGGAGAGAUACUGGUCUCGCCAAGGCGAGGAACUUCUAUGGCACGGCUGGUUGGAGAAGCAUCCAGAAGAUUCCAUCAGCCAGCAGGUGGCACCAUGGGACUGCCCACAUCGCAGCAGUCGGUGGGAGCUGCACUACAGAGAGACCUACCACUACUACUGGGAGCAGUUCAGAUAUUGGGCGUCUCAGGGAUGGACGGUGGACGAUGCCAGCGUGGAGGCCCAGCAGGAAGGUCAAGACAUGAGUUGUGAGUCUAAAACCCCGGACACCUCAGAGCUAGAGAGCGGAAGGUCAGUGGAUGGCGAGGCUGCAGAUCUCAUUGGACAACUCAGCCUCCGAUCAAAGUGCUCGGAGACCCUGGGGACACAGCAGGAAAGCGAGUCGCGGGGAGCAGGUCAUAACCACGAUGGCUUUGGGGGAGAUCCCUGUUUCUACGGCAACGAACCUUGUGAUGGAGGCACACGGAGGCAACCAGCCUCGAGCGGCAAUCACACGUGCCCUGCCGAUUCCCAGCAAAGAGCAAGUAACUCGGAGAGGAGCCGGCAGCCUACAGAGAGAGAGUCGGCAGGUGACGACGAUGAUGGAGAUGACAAACCUCCGGAGAUACGACAGGCAAAGUUGAAACGCAGUCACGAGCUGGACGCGGAGGAGACCGCAAGUCUGUCUGCAGAGGAGGCCUGGGAGAAGCUGGGUCUCAAGUGUAGCCAGAAUUCCAGGUUUGGCAGGCUUCUGAAGCUGAAGCACGACCGAGGAGAACGGCAAGGGCGCGGGGUUGGAGGGGCGUCGAAGCCUCGGCGGCGCAACCAGCACAUCUUUUUCACAGAGGACGGCGAGAUUGCGACACCCACCAGGAGCAGAUCCUUGAGCAAAAAGCCGUGUUUUUACCCUCAGGUGAAGAAUUUUUUGCAACGGGUUCAAAAGGAGGCAGAGCCUGACACAGGUGUUGUCGGGGUCCCGGCCGGGUCACACCCUCUGGGUGAUAGCCUUGAGGAGGAAAUGGGCUUGGAGGAGGAAGGACAGACCGACACUCCAUGCAGCUCAGAACCGGGAGCCCAAGGGGACCCUGAGUCCCGCUGUCUGCAUCUCCUCCAUGUAGGAAAGGAGGAGGAUGAGGAGCAAGAGGAGCAAGAGGUGGAACCUGGGAGAGAACUGCUUCCUUUGGACGUGCCGGACUACCUUCUGCCCGAUCCACCAGGGCCCGGCAUCGAGGAAGAGUCGUCAAACCCACCCAGAAAGAAGAAGACCAAGAAAAAAAAGAAAACGGCCAAAAUGCCCCCUGAGAUCGCUGCCGAUCCGGACUUGGCUAAGUACUGGGUCCAGCGCUACCGCCUUUUCUCCAGGUUCGAUGAGGGCAUUAAGCUGGACCACGAGGGCUGGUUCUCCGUCACCCCAGAGAAAAUCGCCCGGCACAUUGCCAAGCGCGUCCACGACCGCUCCCGUCCGCUUCUAGUCAUCGAUGCUUUCUGCGGAGUGGGGGGCAACGCCAUCCAGUUCGCUCUGACUGGCAACCAAGUGGUGGCCAUCGACAUCGAUGCUCCGCGGCUGAGCCUCGCCCGCAACAACGCUGAGGUGUAUGGAGUGGCCGACCGCAUCGACUUUAUCCAGGGCGACUUCCUGCAGGUGGCGCCGCGGCUGCGGGGGGACGUGGUGUUCCUCAGCCCCCCAUGGGGUGGACCCGACUAUCUCGACGCAGACGUCUUCAACAUCAGGACCAUGAUGUCGCCCGAUGGGUUUGAAAUUUUCCGCUUGGCCAGAAUAAUUUCGGAAAACAUUGUGUAUUUUCUUCCUCGGAACGCGGACAUGGAUCAGAUCGCCUCCCUUGCAGGACCUGGAGGCAAAGUGGAGGUGGAGCAGAACUUUCUGAACAACAAGUUAAAGACGAUAACGGCUUACUUUGGCAAUCUCAUCCAGUCGGAUUGUUAAUUUUUUACGUUUAUCAGGCUUUUUCAGUUGUUUCUCAGUGUCUUUGACCCUUUUUGUGUGUUACUCAAAGACGGAUUGUUUCACAGAAUUUUUCUACUUCCUAUUUGUGC